AUGAGUGAAAAAAAAACUAAUGCAAUUGAUUUGGGAAAUUUAAUUAGUGAUAAUUAUUUGGAGUCCUAUAAUACAGUAACUUUUCAAAAAUAUGAAAAUUUUAAUCGAUCAAAUUAUAUUUUAACAGCGUCAGGAAAUAAAGUAUGCAAAGAUUCAAUAUUAUGCGGAAUGAAGAAUAUACAUAUGCUAGGGAAAUCAAUUAUAAAGAAUGAAGCUAUAUUAAGAGGAGAUUUAAGUAGCUUGUAUUUUGGCAAAUAUGUAAUCAUUGGAUCGAAAACACUCAUAUGUCCAUGUUUCAUGCAUAAUAAUGAAAAUAUUGUAAAUACUUAUGAUGAUAGCAAAAUAAAUCAAAGUUCAUAUGUUACUGUAACAAUUGGUGAUAAUGUUUUUAUCGGAAAUGAAUGUAUAAUUAAAGCUGCCUUUAUAGGAAAUAAUGUCAUAAUAGGUAAUAACUGUGUAAUAGGUGAACGAGUUAUUAUUAAAGACAAUGUAAUAAUUAAGGAUAAUACUUUUAUUCCUAAUGACACUACUAUUUCUUCGUUCUCAAAAUAUUCAGGGUAUCCUGGUAAAUUUGUUAAGGAAUUGCCCGAAUCUGUUGAACGUAUUUUAAAAGACGUUUCAUAUUUUCACUACCAAAAUUUUACCCCCAAUGUUACCUCAUGA